CCCAGCGAAUGGAGUGCCACAAGUUUACCAAAUUCAUAGGGACGAUACCAGUUUUAUGUUGGAUGACAUUAUGGCAGGAAUACAGUACAGCUACAGACUUGAGUCAGUUGUUGAUACACCAGGUUUUCUGGAUGGGACUGUAGAAAGUUUACCGUCAGAUAUUCGAAUUUCAGGAUCAUCAACCAACUUAAACCCCACGAUUGAGGCGAUUACAGAUCUUGGAAUGCACCUUAUAUGGGAUCCGAACACCAACAACCAACUGCAGAAGUACACCAUUACCGUUGUGGACACCAACGGAAACUCUGUAAUCAGUGAAGACAUUCCGCCUGGGGAGACAUCCUAUACCUUUCCAAACCUACCAGCCAGUGGAGCCAUUUAUGAGUACAUCCUGAAUGCUUACUUUGGUGGUGCCAGCACCUAUGCUGGGAGCGUUCAAGAACCUACAAAAAUGCCUGUGAAUGUGAACUUAGAUGGCGUCACCUCAAGCACCGCGACCAUAACUUGGGCCAAGAAUAUUGUUCCUAACCCGGAGGGGUACCUGGUCAGUGUCAUCAGCAAUGAUGGGACUUACACUAGCUUCAUACCAGUUACUGUGGACGAGGCCGUUGGAGCGUAUACUAUUACAGGACUGCCUGCUGGGAAGACAUACCAAAUUGGUGUAGAUGCUGUUUUAAAUGGAAAUCGAGUAGCAAUCGGCGCUAUCCAAGAUCGAGCCGUUCUAGAUACCUCAAUCAAAACGGAUGUUGUCACAACGGAUCUUAUACAGGCUUCCUGGGACAUUAUAGACGAUGCAACCUACAGUCUCCUAUUGACCAAUACAGCAGAUGGUACAACCCAACCGGUUGAGAUCUCCAACUCGCAGACUAACAAACACGUCUUCACUGGAUUGACGCCCGGUCAGACGUACGCAAUUUCACUCAUGAGUCACCUCAAUGGACAGAACAUUGAUGGUGGUACAGUCGUAGAAACCACCUACCCUCUUCCUCCAACAAAUAUUCAAGUGACUCCGAGUGCAAAUGGUCAAGAUACAAUCGUCACAUGGAGCCCACCACAGCAUGUCUAUGACGGAUUUGGAAUCAGUGGUGGAGGAAAUUCUGUACUUCUUGGACCUGAGCAGACGCAGCAUAUCUUUACAAACCUAGUCGAUGACGGAUCCAAUCUACAGCUGGUGACAACCAGUCAAGAUAAAGUCAGCCAUCCGGGUCUGCCGUUUAGCAACUACAAUGUCCAGCUCGGUGGGGCCACAUCCUCAUCUCUAGACGUCUCGUAUGACCAAAUCCCAGGAGCGAGUGGCUAUCACAUCCUUCUUGUCAACAAAGACGGAACAAUCCAAGCGGAACAAGUACUUAACGGAGAACAAAACACCCAGUUUACAUUUAACGGUUUAAACCCAAGCACCGAGUACACAGCGGUGGUCAGUGCCAUGAGCAACACUGGUCAAAAACAAUUCAUCGGAAGUGACACCGCAUCUACUUCUGCGCAAGUUGUCCUACCUCCCUUUGACUAUGGUCUAAAUAUCAACCCUGUUACCACUACUACCAUGGGCGUUGCUUGGAACCAUAACGAUGCUGCCAACUUUGACAACUACAGACUUACAGUGGUGAAUGCAGCAGGACAGGAAAUUGGAGAGCCCAUUAUAGUUCCUGCGACGGCCAAUCCCAACCAUAUUGUAACUGGACUGACUCCAGGUACUGAAUAUUCAAUAGAUGUGUCUGGUGUAGCCAAUGGGGACGCGACUAUCUUGGUUAGUGCACGAGAGUCAACAGUUCCGUUGCCGCCUGCUAAGACGAUCAUGGCCCAUGCUAACGACAAAAUCACACUGGACUGGUUUCCACCACUGGAGGGCUCCGCAGAUAAUUACAUUAUUAAGUAUGGGCCGUACGGUGGCACACUUGAGACAGUUGUGCUCGGUCCACACCUAAGCCACUACGAGAUACUCCAGCCUUUCGACAACUCUCAGCAGCACAAAGUGGAAAUCUACUCCGCCAUUGGACAGUCGCAAGAGUUGAUCAGUGAGAUUGGAGUUAUAGACCGAGAUGGAGUACCGAUCAAUAUUAACCCAACUUGCACCCCGAACCCGUGUUUGAACAAUGGGGUAUGCACAAUAGUGCCUGCCAUUGGAUUUGUGUGUCUAUGCGUAGGUUACACUGGAAAUAUAUGUCAAACUCAAAUCGUUGUUGACUACUGUGCCAAUGCCCCGUGCGUCAAUGGAUUCUGUAUCAAUGAACCCACUCGCUUUACCUGCAACUGUAUCGGCACGGACUUUACAGGACCUCUAUGUGAACAACAAAUUAACAACUGCAUCGCAGGAAUUUGUCAAAAUGGAGGGACGUGUCAGGACCUUGUGGGUGAUUACGUUUGUAGCUGUGUUCCCGGUUACACCGGUAGAAACUGUCAAACAGACAUCCCUGAGUGUCUAAGCAAUCCGUGCCUAAAUGGCGGCAUUUGCAUCGAUGAGGUGAAUCGGUAUAGGUGUGACUGUUCGGCUGUAGACUUCUCAGGAACUAAUUGUGAAACUCCCAUCGAUGCCUGUCUAAACAACCCAUGCCUAAAUGGCGGAGUUUGCACUGAUGGAACUGGGCUGGGUGUCUUUACUUGUGUAUGUGCGACCGGAUUUACUGGAACCACAUGUGAUAAUGAUCCAGAUGAUUGUCAGUCUAAUCCGUGCUUGAAUGGCGGUUUGUGUGUUGAUGGUCCUGGCUUGUAUACAUGUUUGUGUUUAAAUGGAAUAACAGAUUUUGAAGGACAACGUUGUGAAAUUCCUAUAAACCAAUGUGCAAGCAACCCGUGCCUGAAUCAAGGAGUCUGCACUGAUGGAAAUUUUCUUUACACAUGCGCCUGCAGAGAUGGGUUCAAUGGCAUCAAUUGUGAACUCACGAUUAACUUCUGUGACGGACACAACUGCGUGAAUGGAGCCUGUGUUAGUUCAGCCACUGGCUUUACCUGCAACUGUGUUGGCACUGACUUCACAGGAACUCGUUGUGAAACACGAAUUGACAAUUGCAUCACAGGCAUUUGUCAAAACGGCGGGACCUGUCGUGAUGAUUUGACUCGGCCGGGUCAAUACAUUUGUGCCUGUGUUGCAGGCUUCACUGGCACAAACUGCCAAACUAAUAUCAAUGAAUGUGCCAGCAUUCCAUGCCAAAAUAAUGGCAGGUGCAUGGAUGAGAUUAACCGUUUCACGUGUGACUGCUCACUGAUCGACUACAUUGGUGACUUUUGCCAAACACGGGUAGAUAACUGCAAACCCUUCCCUCCCUGUCAGAAUGGAGGAAUAUGUGAAGACGGUACAACUCCUGGUACCUUUAUCUGCCACUGCUUACCUGGAUUCACUGGCAGUACUUGCACAGGCGAUAAUAAUGAGUGUGCCAGCAAUCCAUGCCAGAACGGGGGUAUAUGCGUGGACGGAGUCAACCGAUACACGUGUGAUUGUUUACUGGUGGACUACUCAGGGGACCGGUGCCAAAACAAAAUAGAUGACUGCAACCCCAACCCAUGUCUGAAUAACGGUGCCUGUACCGAUGGAACAGCUCGUGGGGAUUUUACUUGCCGGUGUGCUGCAGGCUACACGGGCCAAACAUGUUCUGAGAACAUUAGGGAGUGUUUAAGCGUUCCUUGUUUGAAUAGCGGAAAUUGCAUCGACGGAGUAAACUCAUUCACUUGCGAUUGUACCGGGACUGACUUCGAAGGCGACAGAUGUCAAACAAGAAUUAAUGACUGUCCGGCCAUCGACCCUUGCAAUAAUGGCGUAUGUGUAGAUGGGACCACUCCGAGGGUCUAUACCUGUAAUUGUCUUCCUGGUUUCACCGGAUUCUACUGCAAUAAUCAACCGAAUGAAUGUGACAGCAAUCCAUGUCUGAACGGCGCCUGCCAAGAUGGUACAAACCAGUUCACCUGCGUCUGUGUUGGUACUGACUACAGGGGAGUACGUUGUGAAAUAAAAAUCGACGACUGUGCAAGUAACCCAUGUUUAAAUGGAGGAGCCUGUAAUGAUGGAAUUUUACGCUACACAUGCAGCUGCCUUCCUGGCUUUAUGGGUGAUAAUUGUGAAGAAAACUUCAAUGAGUGCAUAUCCAGACCCUGCCUGAAUUCGGGAGAGUGCAAAGAUAUGACAAACGGCUACGGUUGCACCUGUGCUGCUGGAUUCAGUGGUCCAAACUGCGCUAUUAACAUACAAGAGUGCGUGUCCUUUCCAUGUCAAAAUGGAGGCACAUGUGUGGAUGGUGCCAAUAGAUACACAUGUCAAUGUUUACCAAACUUCAAUGGACUCAACUGUGAAUCUAAUACAAACCAGUGUAUCAACAACCUUUGCGAUAAGCUUAACUCUGUGUGCAUUGAUGGAGACAACACGUAUACAUGUCAGUGUUUCCAUGGUUACCAAGGCGUGUAUUGUGAUCAAGAAAUUAACGAAUGCGCGAGUUCUCCAUGCCUGAACGGUGGCGCCUGCAUUGAUGCACUUCUCCACUACACCUGUAGAUGUACGACAAUGUUCCAAGGACUGCACUGUGAAAUAGCGAAGUCAUCAAGCGUUGUAAUCACUAACAUGGAACCCACACGCGUGCAAGGUGUGUUCAAUGACAUCAUGCCCGACAACCCCGACGCCGUAUACGAAGUUACCGUUUCGGAUAGCCAGGGCAAUGUCCAGAUGACGAAAACCUACCGACGAGCGGACGUUGUCAACGGCAUGAUCGGCUUUGACUUUACGGAUCUUCAACCGGGCACGGAAUACAACGUGAGACUUGCGGUUAAUAACGGGGGUGAGGUCUUCCCCUUGGAAACGCUGAAUGUACGGACGACGACAAUUUGUACGACCAAUGUAUGCAACAACGGUGGAACUUGUGUUGAGGAGGCGACGGCACCUUUAGGAUACAUCUGUAAUUGUGCACCUGGUUUUGACGGUCAGACCUGUUCAGAUGAUAUCAAUGAAUGUGCGAGCGCUCCAUGUUUAAACGGUGGUUUUUGCCAAAAUCUUGCGAACCUGUUCCUAUGUGUGUGCACAUCCCAAUGGAAAGGAACGCUGUGUACAAUCCCUGUCACGGUGAACUUUGUGACCGGACAAACCACUCCGCAGUCUAUCCAAGUAAUCUGGAAUCAACCUACUGGCACUGUCGUCCCUAAAUACGAGGUCGUUCUGACGGACACCAACGGUGGGGUCGUGACCACGGGGGUAGUCUCACAAGAUGAAAUCGUCAACGGGGCUUUUGAUUUUAUCUUCCACGCUCCCCAACCGGAUACCAAUUACAUUUCCCGCUUGUACGCCCUGAUGGAUGAUGGCACGCGCGUUGAGCUGGCCAUGAUCAGGCCGAGUUCAGGACAAAUCUGUAGCACAGGACCGUGUGAGAACAAUGGGGUCUGUGUUGACAAUAGAGCCUCAUCUCUCGGCUACAAUUGCAAUUGUCUCCCUGGUUAUACUGGGGAAAGAUGUCAAAGUGAUAUCAACGAAUGCCUGAGUAAUCCGUGCAAGAAUAACGGGCAAUGCGUUAACGGAAUCAACGCAUUCUCCUGCUCAUGUGCCAUUGGAUGGAUGGGACCUUUGUGUACUGUUCCUUCCUCUACUGGUUUUUCGGUUGGCGACGUCACAACAUCCACCGUUCAGGUAAGGUGGCCCAAUAUCGUUAUGGAACCGGGUACCAACUUCUACUACAAAAUCCAAACCACGGACCCAGCCGGCCACACCCAAUCCCAGAACAUCCAACCGGUUCCCAACGCCGGGCCUGACUAUGUCAACAACUACGUCAUCCCAAAUCUGCUGCCCUCAACUCAAUAUGAAGUCAGCCUGGUCGUUGUCUCUAAUAACCAGGAACACAUUGUGGGCACCCAAGUACCUACCACCAAAAGUGUGUGUACUGAACUACUUCCAUGUCGUAAUGGAGGUUUCUGUAUCGUCAGGCCAACACUAGUGGAGAGGUAUUCCUGCAUAUGUCCUGAUGGUUGGGGUGGUGUCAAUUGUGACGAAGAUGUCAGAGAAUGUGCAAGUAAUCCGUGUCGAAACGGUGGACAAUGCCUGGAGCUAACGCCGGGUUACGUUUGCCAAUGUUCCACCCAGUAUCAGGGUCUUCACUGCCAAGUCUCCACAUCAAAUAUACUUCAGCUUACUGGGAUGACUGCGACGGAUGCGCAUUUCACGUUUACACCACUCAACAACAACGACGUCCUGGUCUACUAUCUCUCCAUUCGUGAUGACGUGACCCUUCAGGAGAAGACCCAGGCCUUAACGCCGCAGCAGGUCGAGAACGGAGUCAUCGACCAGGCGUUCUUCGGUCUGACGCCUAACAACAAGUACACCACUGCGUUGACUGUGCAAAUGGCCGGCGAAACAGAACUCUUGAACCUGGGCCAACGAGAAAUCACUACGCCGAAUGCAUGUGCUUCCAUAACUUGUUUGAACAAUGGAGUAUGCGUUCCCGAUAACAACCCCCCGCUGUACUACACUUGUAACUGUCUGCCAGGAUUCUCAGGAGCAUUGUGUAGUGGAGAUGAAAACAACUGUGCGGGCAAUCCAUGUGCAAAUGGUGGGACAUGCGUUGAUAGACUGGGAUCAUACCUCUGUACCUGUGUGAGUGGUUUUACCGGACAACACUGUGAGAUAAAUAUCAACGAAUGUGGCAGCAAUCCGUGCGGUAACAGAGGAAGAUGCGUUGAUGAUGUGAAUGGCUUUACAUGUAACUGCUUCGCUGGUUAUACUGGACGCUUCUGUUCUGUUGCUAUUGAUGAGUGUGCCAGUGAUCCAUGCUUGAAUGGUGGGCUUUGUAGAGAUGACAUUAACCGGUUCUCCUGCAGCUGCUCACCGGGCUACACAGGAGCCUACUGCCAACAAAAUAUUGAUGAGUGUGCCAGCAAUCCUUGUUUGAACAAUGCUCCAUGCAUUGAUCAAGUCAAUAAAUACAUCUGCACUUGUCAAAUUGGUUUCUUCGGAAUCAACUGUGCCGAAGCAUUUGAUACCUGUGCCAGUAACCCGUGUAUGAACGGAGGACAGUGCCGUGAUUUCCAGUCUUCUUUCACUUGCAGCUGCUCAACUCCCUACAGUGGGCUGAGAUGUGAAGUCUCUCCCAACGUGUGUGACUCCAACCCUUGCACUAAUGGAGGAACUUGCAUUGGUUUGAGCAGCAGUUAUUUCUGCUUAUGUUUGGCAAGAUGGCAGGGGCUCAACUGUCAAAUCGCUGUCAGUCCAUGUGAGAAUCGUCCAUGUCGGAAUGGAGGAACAUGUGUGGCUUUAACAACCGGAUUCAGAUGUGACUGCCUCAGUGGAUACAACGGGGAGAUUUGUGACAUGGAUAUUGAUGAUUGUGCAUCCUCACCAUGCGGGGGAAAUGGGGUGUGUAUGGACCAACGGAACGGCUACGUUUGUGUCUGUUUUUCUGGCUUCACAGGAACUAACUGCGUCACAGACACGAGUGCGUGCAACAACAACCCCUGCAAAAAUAAUGGCUUCUGCUUGGCGACCGGCAGUCAGUAUUACUGUAUAUGUAGCCUGAUGUGGACCGGGCAGACCUGCGAGCUAUCACUGGACCAACUGGAAUGCGCCAGCAACCCUUGUCUGAAUGGUGGAACCUGCCUGGAGCGAUUCAGCGCGUACGACUGCGUCUGCACGCAGGGUUUUACCGGAGCUUCCUGCGAGAGGGACGUCGAUGAAUGUGUGAAUCUCAACUUGUGUCAAAAUGGCGGGACUUGUAUUAACUCCAUCGGGUCUUACCAGUGUCUUUGUUUGAUUGGCUAUGAAGGUCUCACGUGCCAGACCCGCACGAUACGCUGUACCUUGGAUUACUGCAUGAACGGUGGGUUAUGUCAAGAGCAAUUCAACACCAUGACGUGCAGCUGCAUUCCGGGUUUCCAGGGCAACCGCUGUGAGAUCCAGAUCAAUUUCUGUGCCGGUGUCGCUUGCCUAAACGGCGGGCAGUGCGUGUCGGCGGUGAACACGUACAACUGUCAGUGCCUACCAGGCUACGGUGGGAAUUUGUGCCAGAUUAACGUUGACAACUGCACACCCAAUCUGUGCCAUAACGGCGGGCAAUGCCAAGACGGGCUGAACACUGCUACCUGUCUCUGCCCAGCAGGGUACACAGGGAACACGUGCUUGAUCAACAUCGACGAUUGCUCCACGCCCAACCUCUGUCUGAACGGCGGAACUUGUAUUGAUGGUCUGGGUUCCUACUCAUGCAGGUGUGUCGCGGGGUUCACCGGAACUCGUUGCCAGACCGACAUCCUUGAAUGUUCCAGUAAUCCUUGUUUAAACAAUGGUUUCUGCAUAGAGCAGGUCAAUAUGUACUUUUGUCAGUGCCAGGUCGGGUUCCAAGGCACUCGCUGCGAGAGUCAAAUCAACGUCGACGAGUGCCUAUCCAACCCUUGCCUGAAUAACGGACAGUGCUUGGAUGGUCAGAAUCAGUACACGUGUCAGUGCGCUCCCGGCUACAUAGGCACUAGAUGCCAAACAGAUUUCAACGAUUGUGCGAGCACUCCGUGCUUCAACCAAGGAAGAUGCGUCGAUAAUUUGAACUCAUUCUCCUGCAUAUGCCAAGGAGGAUAUACCGGUAGCCGAUGCUCUGUCAGCCCGUGUACCAGCCACCAAUGCCAGAAUGGAGGCCAGUGUGUUGUUUUGGCCGCACCCAACAACUUGGGGUAUUCUUGUAAUUGCCCGUCAACGCACACUGGGAGUUUCUGUCAAACAGUGAUCGAUAUUGACUUGUGCAGGCCACUCAACCCGUGCAUGAACGGUGGCAAUUGCAUUGAUGGUGUUAAUACCUACAACUGUGUAUGCCAGCCGGGAUACACCGGGAGAAUCUGUGAGAUUAAUAUCAAUGAGUGUGCCAGCAGGCCCUGUCUUAACGGUGGAGUUUGUAACGAUAGGGUGAACAGCUUCUUCUGUCAAUGCACUAACCAGUUUACUGGCACACAGUGUCAAACUCGCUUCUACACCCCCUGCCAGCCUGAUCCAUGUCUGAACUUUGGUACCUGUAACGUCAUCAGCGCCACACUGAACAUGUACAACUGUUUAUGUACACAGGGGUACUCGGGGUCAAGAUGCGAGAUUCCUCCACCAACUCUGUGCCAGUGCAGCCCCUGCCAGAAUGGAGGUACAUGCAUUCCCCAGGGAAGCUCAUCGUACCGAUGCGCCUGUUUGUCCUACUACACCGGCCAGAAUUGUGAAAGUCAGAUCACUAUAGAUCCCUGUACUUCUAAUCCAUGCUUGAACGGCGGACAGUGUAGCCGGUCUAACAACGGCCCCGUGGUGUACUACUCCUGCACUUGUUUCAAUGGUUUUGUUGGACUGAACUGUGAGACAAGACCAAAUCCGUGUACUUCCAACCCUUGCCUGAAUGGCGGAGUCUGCGCAAUUCUCAACGAAAACAACUUUGGCUUUUUCUGCAACUGUGUCAAUGGCUAUACUGGGACAAACUGCCAAACUGCUAAUCCGUGUAUAUCCAAUCCAUGCGCGAACGGAGGCACUUGCCAAACCCAGUCUCGUCAAGGCGUCAUUGUAUAUGUUUGCCAAUGCAUUGUCGGCUACACUGGAGAACGAUGCACCAUUCCACCACAAAAUCCAUGUAAUUCUCAACCCUGUCUUAACGGUGGCCAGUGCUCUAGGAACCAGCAGGAUGUCACAGCAUACUUCUGCACAUGUGGCGCUGGUUUCUCUGGGAACAGGUGCGAGCUGAGAAAUGAUCCUUGCGUAUCCAAUCCAUGCCUGAACGGAGGCCGAUGCACCAGUCAGCAAAAUGGCAACACAUUUGUGUACUUCUGUCAAUGUGUCUUAGGAUAUACAGGAAUUCAGUGCAGCACUCCACCAUCGAAUCCUUGCAUAUCCCAGCCUUGUCUGAACGGGGGUACAUGCAACAGAGUCAACAAUUUCCAGUUUGCGUGCCAGUGUAACCAAUAUUACACGGGGAAUACGUGUGAGAUAUCUAUGAUAACACCAUGCACAGUUAAUCCAUGCACCAAUGGAGGGACAUGCUUCAUCAGGUCAUCAAGCUUCACUUGUGUCUGUCGCCCAGGCUACUCCGGAUCUACAUGUCUCAUUCUCAGUGUGUGUGCCAACAAUCCAUGCCAGAAUGGCGGUGCUUGUUCACAGAUGCAGAACAAUCCCAACCAGUUUCGCUGCACAUGUCAAUUUGGUUGGACUGGGACCAACUGUAACACACCUUUGCCUACUGCCUGUACCAACAAUCCUUGUUUAAAUCAAGGCUCAUGCAUUGUAACUGGGACUUCAUCAUAUGUGUGCAACUGCAGAAAUGGCUACACAGGGAAUGUAUGCAACAUAAUAGUGGCAUGCAAUCCCAGUCCGUGUUUGAAUGGUGGACAGUGCAGUACAACUGGAAACAAUAUAUUGAAUCCAAUCUGUACUUGUACACAGAGUUUCACCGGCGACAGAUGUCAAGUUUCCAUCACAACACCGUGCAGUAAUAAUCCUUGCUUAAAUGGAGGCACGUGCACAGUCACUGGGUCCUCAUCCUACAUGUGCAGCUGUCGAGUGGGGUACAUGGGGGCUAACUGCCAGACUCUAGGUGCUUGCAACCCCAGUCAAUGCAUAAACGGAGGCACCUGUAUGAUCAAUUACAAUAAUCCUUCAGACUACUUCUGUGACUGCUUAACAGGAUACACUGGUAACAACUGUCAGUUUGCUUCCCCGACACCAUGCAGUAGCAACCCUUGUCAGAAUGGUGGUGCGUGCAGUAACGUAGACAGUACUAGGUUCACAUGCCAAUGUCGUUUGGGCUACUCGGGGACACGCUGUUCAUCUGUUGUUGCCUGUGCAUCAAAUCCUUGCCAGAACAACGGUCUGUGUACAAUCAACAACAACAACCCCAAUCAAUUUGUCUGCUCCUGCCAGCAAAACUUUGGUGGAACCUUUUGCCAGACUUUUAUACCACCAGUAACUGUGUGCACUAACAACCCUUGCCAGAACGGCGGGGCUUGUAUACAAGAUGCUUCAGUCGGUACUGGUUACCGAUGUCAGUGUACCUCUGGAUGGCAGGGAAGCAACUGUCAUCUCCAAGUUACGUUGUGCUCACCUCCCUGUGGCAACGGUGGUAACUGUGUCUUCGACCAGAUGCACUCCGUGUAUACCUGCUCAUGCUCAGAACAGUUCGCUGGUACCCAGUGCCAAUUAACUUCAAACUGUAACGAACAAUACGCUCUGACCGAGGGUCAAGAAAUCCGAAUCACAAGCCCAAACUACCCUUACAACUACAUGGAUAACCUGAACUGCCUCUACAACAUCAUAGCCUCCUCCACGAAUCGACGAGUCAGCUUCACCAUCGACGACCUGGAAACAGAAUGCGAACAGGAUAUCGUCCAGAUUGGCCACGGGAACAACCCGGCCAACGCGGCCUCCAUCGUCAUGCGAGAGUCCGGCACGGGGCUCAUCGCACCGUUCUUCAUCGACGAUGCCAACGCGUGGCUGAAGUUCACGUCGGAUCAGUGGCAGACUGGGAAGGGGUUCUCGAUCACGGUGAAGGAUGUGCCGUUGGCCGGAGCUGUGGUAUCGCAGUGCGACGCGGGACUCUGCUCUAAUGGAGGGAUGUGCGUUAUACGUGGGGAUCAGGGAUCCAUCUACUGCGUCUGUCGGGGAGGCUACAGUGGAGACAGAUGUGAAAUAAAUGUGGAUGAAUGUUCAAGCUCCCCAUGUCAGUUCGGUGGGGAGUGUCGUGAUGUCAUCAACGGCUACGUCUGUAUUUGUACAGGAGGGCGACAGGGACCAAACUGUGAACUUGUUACUUCCACUCAGUGCCAAGGUACUGUGUGCCUUAAUGGAGGGACUUGCCACGCAGUGACUGAUGGGUCCUAUGUCUGCAGUUGUGCACAGCAAUAUACCGGAGCUAACUGUCAGCAAACUGUCCAAAUUGGCACCAGAUCCUGCCAGAGCAGCCCCUGUUUCAAUGGAGCUCAAUGUGUCGAUGUCAUUGACGGAAGGUUCUUGUGUAUUUGCUCACAAAGUUACACGGGGACACUAUGCGAAUCUGCUUUAGCCCUUUGUGCAAGGACGCCGCCACCCUGCUACAAUGGGGGAGUCUGUUCGGACGCUACAGGAAACGUUGUGUGCAAUUGUCCUGGCGGUUAUAUCGGCACAUUCUGCGAAAUAGCAACGCAAGAUUGUAUCUGCCAGAAUGGAGGUAUUUGUUUUGGAGCCAACAACUGCAUAUGUAGCAAAGGUUUCACCGGACAGUUCUGUGAAGUCAAUAUCAAUGAAUGCUUGAGCAAUCCUUGUAAAAAUGGAGGAAGAUGCAUCGAUGGGGAAAACUACUUCAGCUGUGUCUGCUUGACUGGCUUCUCCGGAGCUACCUGCAGUUUCAGAGAUCCGAACACGUCUCAGCUGAGUGCCAACGGUGACGGCACUGGAUCAAGCACCGGCCAGACCCUCGGCAUAGGUUGGAUCAUCCUCAUCAGUGUUCUGGCUCUUCUGCUUCUCCUACUCCUCGUCUUCAUCGCGCUGAGGUCCUGGAAGUCUUACGACAACCGGUACUACGAGGAUAAGAACCAUUUGACAGACUACGAGGAAAACAACCGUUUUGUGGACUCGCAGCCUCGGGAGAUGGAGAUGGGUAACAUACUCUUACCUCAAACAGGCGCAACGAAUGUAACUCAUCUGAAUGCGCGGGAAGAGCCCUGGCCUGUCAGCACUGAUGAAAUGCCGACGAGUAACAUCUAAAUAUUCUACUCAUUUUUAAAGAGCCAAUAAAGGAUGAUCUCAAUAUUCCAACUAUUACCUUGUUAUAGCCAAAUAGACAUCGUAGAUACCGGUUAAUAACCAUUUUACUCUCAAAAUUUGCAUUUAGUAACGAAUAAC